AUGUCUUCUCGACCUUCUCGAACGAGUGCCACCGCGUCUGUGCGCCUUGCUACAAUGCGGGACCGCGACACGCCGGCGGACCGACGGGAGAGGGCGCAAGCCCAGCAAAAACGAAAGGCGGCGAACACGAAGGAACAAGCGACGGCGACUCGACGUCGCUGUCGGUGUGAGCCAAAUCAACGCAGCGAAGAAGCAAGACGCUUUGCAACGCCACAAAGCCGAAAAGGAGCAGAAGGAGAAGUACGUGCAAGUGUGAUCUCUUAACUCUACUGUAUAUUUUCUUGAAUGUAGGUGAACUGAGGCCUCGCCCGUCCUUGUUUCCAGUGCACCCCCAGCAGCCCCUGCACACGCGUCCAGGCUUGCGGUGAUACGCACCUCUUCUCUUCACACCGUUCAUGCAGAUACCACACGUCAGCUUUUCCGUGCACAGCAGGCUUCUGUUGAGCCAUACAGUGACGAAGAUAGCGGCGACGAGGACUCCUAUAUCGAUCCUGCUAUAAAGGACCUUGUGUUGGGUGGACAAGCCGAGGACCCCUGUGACUUUUCGGACAACGGUCAGGACGAGGCAGACUCGGACGAGGGCGAAGACUUAGUCGGACCCACGGUUGUGGAUGGCGCCGAUGGGGCCGCAACUGUCGCCAUUGUCAACAAGGUAGCGAGCAGCAUCAUGGACGAUGAUGACGAAAGCGUCAUUCCAGGCGUAGUGAGUAGCAUUCAAGCAGGUUUCGGUACUUGCGUGCAGGCAUUCAAUGGGUCGUAUCAACACUUGCAGACGCCCCAGCCCAAGGCUCAGGCUCUACAGUCCUCAAUCGCCGGACAAGCUUUAAGACGCAAUCCACCGCAAGGUAGGGUUGCCAGUCGUACACCAGGCUCGUCUUCGUCGUUUGCGAGAUCGUCGCCCCUGGUCAAAAGGAACCUCGAUGUCAAUGCCCCUACGACGGGGCGCACAACCGCAAGCCAAUAGAUCAAGAGACUUUGGAUUCAAAGCCCAACCACCGACAAGCAUCCGACUUGACUCUAGAUCAGAAGAUGGUCGCUGGCGCCUGGUUUCAAACUAUUUUCAUGCAGAAUAUUCUCGACGGCCAAUGCCUGUGGCGAACAAAGAGAUCGCUUUACGCCCAGUCUCAGCCCGCACCUUCCCCGAGACUCUUACCGAUCAUCGGUACUCGAGCAAUGCGCCGGUCUUCCACAUCAUUGGCACCGACGUCCUCGCCUAGCGUGUACGUGACUGUUCGUCACCUAACCCUUCUGAAGCCGCACUAAUAAACUUUCUGAACUUUGUCAGUCUUUUGGGAAUUUCAAGAAGACUUUGCACAAAAAUCGCGCGGCCCGGAUCAAGGCAGUUAUCACCGAGGCGGAGGAGGCCCGAGUGCGCCAUGCUGCCUGGGUCAAGUGGCGCGCCAACCAACUCAAGCUCGAGCCCGUCGACGUCAUGGGAGUGUGGGGCAACGUGCUACCCGGCGAGGAUUGCGAGGACCCCGUGCUUCAGGAGAGCAUCCGCGAACUGGUGCCCGCAGAUGUUGGCGAUGCAUGGAAAGCGCACAAGGGGUACUCGAAGCUUCCCCAGGGUCCGUUGACGCUUCUGGUGCAAUGGAGGGCGGUCCUGCUGGGUGGAUUCCGAAGGGAGUCGGACAAGGAGGGAGGGGGUAGCGUGGCCAUGGUGACGGAGUGGCGCAGCCGCAUUUUCGACUACGAUCAGAUCCUCGCCCACUUUCUGCGUCUCGGAAUCGACAUCGCCAUUCAGAAGCAGUCGUCGCGCCUGGACGCUUGGACUGCUCGUAGAGCGGAAGGAUCACCUCGGACACAAGGCGCGACGACUGCUUCUGAAUGGCGAUGUCGAUUCCGAGACGCAGAAAGUGGGCGAGGAUCUGAUCGUAGUCGAAAAUGCGGCUGCGCCACUCCGUCACCAUGGCCACGCUACCCCCUCCCUCCUUGUCUGACUCCCUUCGGAAUCCACCCAGCAGGACCGCCCUCCAUUGCACCAGAAGCGUCAACGGACCCUGGGGAAGCUUCGAGUACCCCUUGUGCGCUUUCCAUGCAUCGCCAAAGCUCGUAGCGGAGGUCUACAACGAAAACGCUGAGAGGCCUAUCGAGUGGUCAUCGAAGAUCGCCGACCUUGUGCGGCAUUCUUCCCCGGCUACGGUGAUACCUUGCCAGCGCUGACAACACCUGUGUUUCCUUCAAGCAGAUCGUUUCGAAGAAUCUGGGAGUCUUGA